AUGGCAUCAUCUUCAACCCCACCACCAGAAAGCGACCCCAACUCCAGUCUACAUCUCCACGCCGAACUCCUCCCCAACAUCCGCCAACUAACCCUCUACAUCUCCGUCCCCGCCAACACCCCCAGCACCGAUCUCACCAUCACCCUCUCGGAAUCCCGCCGCUCUAUCUCCGUUUCCCUAAACCCUGACAACGACCCCAUAACCAUGAAACUCCCCGCCCACGUACACCCCACCUCCCACCACAUCCUACACCUCACCCCCACCACCCUCCCCCAAACCCAACCCCGCGCCACCCAGGGCGAAUACUCGUUCCGAAUGCCGGUCGACGUCAAUACCCCCAUUACUAACAAUCAUAAUGAUCUUGAUUCCCUGGACGGGUAUAUCCCCUGGACGGCGACGGAUAUGUCCUCUGCGACGAGGUUGCGGUGUUUGAAGUGUGAGAGUGAGGUGUUGGGUGAGGGGAAGGUGUGGAAGGAUCUGCCCAGUGGGAAUUGGGCCGAGAUGAUGGAUUUUUGGCAUUGUCAUAAACCGGAUCCGCCUAAGGGAGAAAAUAAUGGAAACGGGGAUGGGGAGGAGAUGAAUGCGGUGAAGGGGUAUGGGGCUGCUAAUCAGGUCGUUGCGACGCCGGGGACGGUCUUGGUGGAUGUGGUGGGGUUUUUGGUCGCGGGGAGGGAUUGUUUGGGGAUUCCCAACACCAACACCGACACAACCCACCCAGACGCAAACGCCGACAAAAUCCACUGCACCACCUGCACCACCCAACUCGGCAUCCACGACCCCAUCGCCAACGGCCACCGACUCUACAAAACCCGUCUCGCUGCCUCCUCCCCUUCCUCUCCCUCCCCAACAUCCUCAUCCUCCCCCGAAGUCUCUCCAACAACAACAACGAUCUGGUCCCACCACCCCCCCGAAACAGUCAUCUCCGCCCAACUCCUCGAACUCAUCGACCGCGAAAGCACCCGCCGAUUCAUCCUCCACAGCGACAACAAGUCUGGAUUAUUGAUAUGGAUCUUCACCCCCACCCUAACCUACUCCAACGCCAGCGCCACCCACCAAAUCAGCGCUCAACGGGCCAUGAAAGUCUUUUAUCAGAUCUUGAGCGAUGAGAAGGAGAUUCAGAGGAUGUUGGAUGCCGAGGUGGGAAAGGUGGGGGUGGUGGCGGUUGAGGAGGUGAGGUUGUUGGGGGAGGAGGUUGAUGGGUUCCAACGGGUUUUGGAAAAGAGUAGGAGUUUGUUGCCGGUUGAGGCGAGGGAGUGGAGGGGGUGGAGGGUUGGGUUGGUGGGGAGGUUUGAGAGGAAUAUUUCUAUUACUACUUAG